AUGGUAGGCCCGCCUCCUCUCCAAGGCAUCAAGGUGCUUGAAUUCGCCGGCCUGGCUCCAGGUCCCUUUGCUGGCCUACUUCUCUCCGACUCAGGCGCCUCGAUCCUCCGCAUCGACAGGCCCUCUUCCUCGCCCUCUCCAUUACCAACCCCUGACCUCCUAACCCGUCGCAAAAAGUCCAUCGCCGUGGAUCUCAAGUCCCCCCUCGGCAUCGAACUCGUCAAGUCCCUAGCAGCAAAAGCUGACAUCCUCAUUGACCCGUUCCGCCCCGGUGUCCUGGAAAAGCUCGGCCUAGGUCCUUCCGUCUUAUGCUCUCUAAAUCCAAGAUUAAUCUACGCCCGCAUGACCGGCUUCCGCCGCGAUGGGAAAUGGGCCAAAAUGGCAGGCCAUGACAUCAACUACCUCGCUGUUUCAGGGUCGUUAUCUUUGCUAGGAAGGAAGAACAGUCCGCCAACACCACCGGUCAACAUUCUGGGUGAUUUUGCUGGCGGGGGAGCCACGCUGUUCCAGGGGAUACUCCUCGCGUUGCUGUCGAGGGCCACUACGGGGAAGGGACAGGUCGUGGAGGCGAAUAUGGUCGACGGGGCGUCGUAUCUGGCUACUUUCCCGCGGUUCGCGCUGCACACCAUGACUGGGUCGUUGCCGAGGGGGGAGAACUUGUUGGAUAGUGGAUGCCCUUACUAUGAUUGCUACGAGACAAGAGACGGGAGGUGGAUGGCGGUUGGGGCGCUGGAGCCGCAGUUUUUCGGGGAUUUGAUCAGGGGGUUGGGGCUGGAGGGGCAAGGGUGGGAGGAGAGGAGGUAUGAUAGGGGUAAUUGGGGGGAGUUUAGGGGUUUGUUGGAGAGGAGAUUCAAGGAGAGGACGAGGGAGGAGUGGGAGAGGGUGUUUGAGGGGACGGAUGCGUGUUGUACGCCGGUGUUGGAGUAUGGUGAGAUGGAGAGGGAAAAGGAGAAGAGGGGGGGCGAUCAGAGACCGAUGGUCACGUUGAGGGAGACGCCACUUUUGGGGGUGGUGAAAGGAAAGGAUGGAGAUGCUAUCACGCAUGGACAAGGGGAGGGAGUGAAAGGAGAUGGGUACAGAGGGGAGCCUCUGGCGCCUGGGGAGGGUGGCGAGGAACUCUUGGAAGAGUGGCUGGGUUGGAAGAAAGGAAGGGAGUUUGAUGUAGCGGGUGGAGGGUUGGUGGUGAAGGAAAAGGCAAGGCUGUAA